ACUAGAUCAGGCCAUGGCUCUAUGAGCUAUAUUCUCCGAAAUCUUAUUUUAGUCUAUACUAAAAGUUGCAAACGGUGGGCUACCCUGUCGAUCACAAAAGCCACGGGAUAUUGGCGUUGUGAGUUUGGGCUCCGCAGAUAUGAGUGAUCGGCAGCCUGUAUUGUGCCUAUUUCUUUUGUAUACACAAGGAGAAAGACCCUGAUGUUUGUUCUUCAAUUGCUGAUCAUCAUCACUAUGCUACUUGAUAGAACCGGUGUUUGGGGGAUGCCAGACACAUACAAGUCUCAGAGUGGGCGGAUUCCGAGCGAGAUCAUACUUCCACUUAGUCUUCAACUAUGCCCUGAAGCCAAUUCUAGCAAUCUGGCUGGAUUGCCGUGGGAUGCCAUGAUUUGGCCUUAGAUUUAGCAGAUGGAUGAUGACCCGCUUGCUAGUCUAAAAACGUGCCUGGCAGCAUUCCAGAUGCUAUCUGGAGAGUUCUUGAUGAAACUGCUCCACAUGAAGGUCCUCAUUGCCGUUGCCUGAGCAAGCAGCCGACAUGUCUCAGGGGCAUGCCCCUCCGAUCUGUACUGCAGUGUUCCCCCGCAGAGCAGCGAUGACAGGGCUAACAUUGGUGUUGACUGGAGUACUUGACAACGUGGAGUGUAUGCAUGUAAUAUGAGAAGCAUAGUCGUUCACAUUCCUAUGCUUGAAGACGAUCUGCCUUGAUCAGACCAUGAGCUCACCAACUCUUAGGAGUCAAUGUUCCAGAUAUCGUUCCGGAUGACCAGACAGCCACGGCAACAAGCCGGAGUGGUGUGGCGGGUAACCGCAAACUCUGAUUUCCGGACAGGGUUUAAUCUGUCUAAGUUACCAUGCAAUCCAGUUACCCUGAAAGGGUACAAGAGUCUUAGCAGUUUGGACUCUACCAUCAUCGCUCCUAUAAAGAGGACGGCUUGCUCCAGCAUUCAAACAGCAGAUUUACUCAUCAUAGCCUCACAUCUCCCUUUUCCAUAACUUAUCUCUCAAACCCAACUUUUUCAAUACACAUUACCAUUCGUUAACAAUGAAAGUUACCGCUGCUUCGAUCCUUUUCGCCUGCCUUGCUGGCAUUACCGUGGCAGCUCCCGUUGCCUCUGUCUCAAGACGCCAAACCGACGCAACAGCCAACACAAGUGCCAACGUGGGUGCAACAGUCGGUGGUGUGGCUAACCCACCACCAACAGAUGGUGUUACUGGCGCUGUCGGAGGAGCGACCAACACUGCUACCAACCCUGGUGGUGUUACAGCUCCAGUUGAUGGCGCCACCAAUGGCGUAGGCUCAACCCUCACCGGAGCCAGCAACAACGUCGGAUCUAUCGCCGCUGAUGCCGGACAGAACGCUGGUUCAACUACAGGCGGUACUCUCAACGGCGUCGGAUCAACUCUCAACGGCCUGGGCGAGAACGUCGGCGGAGCUGUCAACGACCUUGGCAACGGUGUCGGUUCGACCCUUGGAGGAGUCAAGCCCCCUCCUGUUGAUACUGGUGCUGUGACUAGCACUGUUGCCAACGCUGGAACCGGCCCCAAAACUGACCCUGCAUCCAUUGGUGCUGGCGUCGGUGUCGGUGUUGGAGCUGCAUCCCAGAUCGACCCGACCACUGGCAAGGCUAAGAACCCUGCCGGCAUCUUGCUUGGUGCCGUGGACAAAUAAAGGGUUAGAUGCUAACAUCAACCGAAAUCUGUAACGACGACAUGUAACAUUGUUUAUUCUAUUUGGUUAUACACUUACUACUUCUUUUAAUGCUAUACUUUUUCUUUUGUCUGAACAACAAGAUGCUGCACCACUCGUGAAUACGUUUUCAAACUUCUAUUAACCUGUAGUAAUUUAAUAUUGUUUUUCACAUCUAAGCUUCUGUAAUCAAAACGUUUUUCUAAUAAUUUCCACAAAAUCAAGUAAAAUGUUAGCAGUAACGCAGCGAUACGCUUACACGGUCAACGUUUGUUAGCCUCCACUCCACCCA